UCUGUGAACCAUUGUACCCGAGCAUAAUCCAUGCAGUGUCUUGGAUCGCAUCUCCCGGUGAUAUUUUCAGGGAUAUAAGGUGAUAUGCGCAUAGGUUAUCAAGGCUCAGGAACGCGGUAAAGGCGUUUUGAAGGUUCCCAGUGUCUGUGAAUCCGGACUAUUUUGCGCGCAGUCUUGUUCAGUCGCGUCAUCGCCGACUUCUGUUAGACGCAAAGAGAAAAAAGAAAGGACUUGAUAGUCUCCUGACUCUUAAAUUAUUCAGGUAUACCGCUUCUUCGCGCUCAACAUAUGCUCGACUCUUUGUCUUACAUCCUCCGUGCAUGAUCUUAAAACAAGAUUCCCUAAGUGGUGGUGACACGGAUGAAAGCCGAUGGCCAAGCUCCCCCAAUUUCCUCAGAAGGGGGAUGCAACCUAAAAUAACCCCGGUGCCAAAUGCUUUUUGCACAUCGCAAGGCGAGGGAGCCCUGAAUUUGUGACACGGCUUCUCUGGAGACAGUGUCCGUCCCUGUCCCCUCUCUCGGAGCCCGGACAUCGACGACUUUAAUGGCUUUUGUGUUCAGGAGAUGGAGGGUCUUACUGGUGCUGAACGUGCUCGCCGUGGCCGGUUUCAUGACUUUCUGGGCCAAGUGCAAUACACGUAGCGUCCCGGCCGUCGGUCAGGAGGCUACGGCUGAUGGGAAGAGGCCCCGGGGCAACGGGACGGCGCAGCAGGGCGCCGGCAUUAGUCAUGAGGUGCUGCUCAAGAGACUCGGCUCUCUGGAGGACGUGGUGUACAGGCAAUUAAAUGGUCUUUCUAAAUCUCUCGGCCUCAUUGAGGGCUUUGGGGGUCGAGGUAAAGGUGGCCUCCCUGCCACCCUGUCACCAGCUGAGGAGAGUGAUGCAAAAUACCUGAGGGAGAAGUAUGGAUAUAAUGCCUACCUCAGUGACAAAAUCUCUCUGGAUCGGACCAUCCCGGACCACCGUCCCAGCAAAUGCAGGAAGGUCAGCUACCCGAGAGACCUCCCCCAGAUCUCCCUCAUCUUCAUCUUCGUCAACGAGGCUCUGUCAGUGAUCCUCCGCUCAGUGCACUCAGCUGUCAAUCACACACCAGCUCACCUGCUCAAAGAGAUCAUCCUGGUGGACGACAACAGCGAUGACGAGCAACUCAAAGGACCACUGGAGGAAUACGUGAACAAGCGCUACCCCGGCCUGGUGAAGAUCGUCAGGAACCAGAAGAGAGAGGGGCUGAUCCGCGCCAGAAUCGAGGGCUGGAAGGUGGCCAGUGCCGAAGUGACAGGCUUUUUUGAUGCCCAUGUGGAGUUCACUCCUUCCUGGGCCGAGCCAGUUCUGGCCAGAAUCAAAGAAGAUCACAAGAGGAUCAUCUUGCCCUCCAUUGACAACAUCAAACAUGACACGUUCGAGUUGGAGCGCUACGAGAACUCAGGCCACGGAUACAACUGGGAGCUGUGGUGCAUGUACAUCAACCCGCCCAAGCAGUGGUGGGACGAGGGCGACACCUCCGCACCCAUCAGGACUCCUGCUAUGAUUGGCUGCUCCUUCGUGGCCAACCGAGAUUAUUUUGGAGAGCUCGGCCUGCUCGACUCCGGCAUGGACGUCUAUGGAGGGGAGAACAUCGAACUAGGCAUCAGGGUGUGGCUGUGUGGAGGCAGUAUGGAGGUGCUGCCUUGCUCCAGAGUGGCUCACAUCGCACGGAUGAAGAAACCCUAUCACAGCAACAUAGCUUUCCACACGCGCCGCAACGCCCUGCGAGUGGCUGAGGUCUGGAUGGAUGAGUACAAGUCCAACGUCUACCUGGCCUGGAACAUCCCCAUGGAGAACCACGGCAUUGAUUAUGGUGAUAUCUCCCAGAGGCUGGCGUUGAGGAAAAGCCUGCAGUGUAAGAGCUUUGAGUGGUACCUCGACAAUGUCUACCCGGAGAUGAGGAGGUACAACAACACUCUCUUCUAUGGCGAGAUUCGAAACUCUAAAGUGAGCCACCUGUGUAUGGAUCAGGGUGUGAAGGAGAACCACACAGCCACCCUGCACCCCUGCCAUGGGUGGGGCCCUCAGUUAGGACGCUAUACCAAAGAGGGCCAGCUGUUCCUGGGCCCUCUGGGCAGCACAGGGGAGGACACCCGCUGCGUGGUGGAUGACCAGGUCAGCAGCUUCCCUCAGCUCCUCAACUGUGACAAGGUGCCAAACGUGAAACAGAAGACGUGGCAUUUCACUCAGAAUGAAUCAAUCAUAAAUCGAGCCACGGGACGCUGCCUGGAAGUGGUGCCCGCCAACGUUUACUUCGGCCACCUGCUGGUCCUGCAGGCCUGCUCGGGGCAGAGGUGGACCAUCAAGAACACCAUGAAGCAGUAGUCACCCUGCCAGUCUGCUGGGACCAACAACACCAAGGGCCAUUUUUUUAAAAGAGCUGUUGCUGACAAACGCAGAGAGGCCGCAUGCCUACUCAGCUUUGCCAAAGGACAUCUGAAGAAGCAGAGGCUGAUGUCAUCGUCCUCUUUACAAAAAGAGACCGAUGGAGGAUAAAGAGAUAGGCUGGACAGAAUAUAACAGUAUGGUGACUGUUUUGGGAGCUGGUCGUUUUUACAGACCGGGCAUUAUGAAAGACAAAAGUGUCGCAUUAAGACUGUUUCUCUCUCCAUCUGAAUACGACAACCCUCUGAUGUGCUGUUGCCAUAAUUCCUUGUAUCUGCCACCUUCUCCACUUUGUUCUUAGGUGUAAGGAUGCUGAUUUUGCCAAAACUCUGUGUCCCGUCAGGCAUUUGGUAGAGUCUAAAAUGGAGUGUGCAUCCUUCUGUGGAAAAAAAAAAAAAAGAUUUUAUCUGCGCCAUGGAAACUUAUCUGCGUCAUUUCAUUAUGUGUCAUGUUACCAAAUGUUUUUUAAGAUGUGCGGAGGAACAACAUAUCCAGAACAGAUCUUUUUUAGUCAUAUGCACGGGUUAAAUGAAAUUGCUUGAUUGGUAGUUAGUUAAUUAUAGGCUACAUCAGUAGUUCUCAACCUUUUCAGCUCAAGACACCCAAAAACAAUAUAUAAUAUUUUCUCUUUUCAGGCUAUUUUAUGUGAUAACGUUUUGGAAGACGCGUAGGCUGCGAGGAAUUAUUUCACAAGAAAAACACAUUCAUAAAAAUCAUUGAUAAAUAAUAAUGUUGGAGACUUACUUUUAAAUCAGAUAAUGUAAACCCCCUACCCUAAUUUUAUCCUCGGGAGCGGUUGAGGGCCACUGGGCUAAGUUAUGUUUUUAUAUGUUGUGAAUUCAUCUGUUCUUUACUGUUGUGGUUUUUUUUUGUUUGUUUGUUUUGUUUUUGUUUUUUUGUUUUUUGUUUUUUUUUUAAUUCAAAGCAUUCUGUAGCCUCCAAUGCAGUACAUCUAGUAGCAUGAUUGUUAGUAUGCACAUGGGGAAAAAAGUUUUAAUUUUCGAGAUCCUUGAUAAUGUAGAGCUAGUUGAUUCAUUCUGUCACCUGCUGAGUGCCAUACUGUUGCAGACAGCCGAACCCAAGAGGCUGCAGCCUGAAGCACUUUCUCUGGACACUGAGAUGAAAUGGCACACUGUGAAGGGGAACAGAAGAUUGAAGUAAGAAUGGAAUAGUGCACAAAUUUAUUGGUCGUGUAAACACUGAACCCCUCCGAGGCCAGUGUUGUCAGUGUACUGAGAUGUAUCUGAUGUCAUGUAUUCAAUUCAAUUCAAUUCAAUUCAAUUCAGUGUUAUCAGUUGGAUUUUCUCCCAAGACUGUCUUCCAAUAAACAACUGGUUUCCUGA